GGGUGGCUGAUGGUCAUGUCCAAGAACAAGAUCCCGGCGGCGCUGCGCGUGGUCGUGUGCGGGCCGGCGCACCCUGACGCCGGCGUCAUGCAGGUCAAGUUCUGGGGCACGAGCCGCGCCAUCGGCCGCCAGCUCAAGAUGCUCAGCCACUUCCACCUGCGCGUGGCCUCGCCGCGCCUCUCGGUCGGCCCGGCCCAGCAGCUGCGCUACGGCCUGCUGCUCGACAAGCACCGCAUCGACCUGGGACUCUGCCGCCGCUGGCUCGACCACUGCACGGCCUCGCACCGCGGCACCUGCCAAGCGCCGCGCUGGGCCGCCACGCUGGAGAAGCUGUCCUGCGGCACUGGCUUCUACUUGAUUGACGUCGUCAAUAACACGCUGGUGCACAAGUCGGCCGCCGCAGACGAGUGCGCGUACGCGGCGCUCUCGUACGUGUGGGGCCCGCCCGAGCGCUUCUCGAGUCUCCUCUACCUGACCAGCGCCAACGCCGGGUCCCUCCUCGCGCGCCGCAACAGCAUCACGCCGCGCGUCGGCCAGACCAUCUGGGACGCCAUGGCCGUGGCGCGCGCGCUGGGCCUGCGCUACCUGUGGGCCGACCGGCUGUGCAUCGUGCAGGACAGCGCGGCCGACAAGGCGGCGCAGGUGCGCCAGAUGGACCGCGUGUACGGCGGCGCGGCCAUCACCAUCGUAGCGGCGACGGGCGCACACCUCGACGCGGGGCUCGCCGGCGUCGGCGCGCCGCGUGCCGUGGCCCAGCUCGCGCGGCAGGUCACGCGCCGCCCGCCCGUCAACGUGCUGCUGCCCGUCGCCACGAACCGCAACCGCGACGGCGACGGCACCACGAGUCCAUGGGCCACGCGCGCCUGGACGCUGCAGGAGAAGCUGCUGUCGCGGCGGCUGCUGGUGUUCCGCGACGGGGCCGUCGACUUUUGCUGCGCGCGCGGCACGCUGCACGAGGACAUGUCGGCCGCCGACGCGCACUCGGACCCGCCG